CCGCUCCAGGGCCAGCGCGGAGGUGGGUCAAAGCGGACACCUAACGGGGGCCGGGGUUUCAGCUUAGGGCGGCGGGGACACUUCUCAGAAGUGAAGGCAGCACUCUGGUUCCGCUUACGGCCAGCGGCAGAGGAGGCCGGACGUGUCGUGAGCUGGGAUCGGUGAGGAGAGAAGCUGCAGUUUGGAGCGGCCAGGGGGGCACGAACCCCGGUGUGUCCCCGCAUGCCCCGCGUGAAAGACCCGGAGCGAUGAGAGUGCAGGUCAAGUCCCAGAAAUCCUGGAUUGAAGGAGUGUUCGACAAGAGAGAGUGCAACAAAAUCAUACCCAGCUCAAAAGACCCUCACAGAUGUACUGCAGGAUGCCAGGUCUGCCAGAAUUUAAUCAGGUGUUACUGUGGGCGAUUGAUUGGAGACCAUCAUGGGAUAGAUUAUGCCCGGACCACAUCAGCUGCCAACGGUGAUGAAAAUGAACAAUGGUCUGUUGAGAAGCACACAACAAAAAGUCCUACAGAUACCUUUGGCACUAUUAAUUUCCAAGAUGGAGAGCACAUCCACCACGCCAAGUAUAUUAGAACUUCUUAUGAUACAAAGUUGGAUCAUCUGUUACAUUUGAUGCUUAAAGAGUGGAAGAUGGAACUGCCAAAGCUGGUGAUUUCUGUCCACGGGGGUAUCCAGAGCUUCAAGAUGCCCUCCAAACUUAAAGAGAUCUUCAGCCAUGGUUUGGUCAAAGCUGCAGAGACAACAGGAGCAUGGAUAAUAACUGAAGGCAUUAAUACUGGAGUGUCCAAACAUGUUGGGGAUGCCCUGAAAGCCCAUUCCUCCCAGUGCUUGAGAAAAAUCUGGACAGUUGGAAUCCCUCCUUGGGGUGUCAUUGAGAACCAGAGAGAUCUUAUUGGAAAAGAUAAAAUGGCAAUCACAUCCUUGCAGUUGCUCAAGCCAACUAGUCCUGGAAUGAUCUCUGUCUCAUGCCUCAAACCUGAUCCAUCAGUGGUGUGCCUGUACCAGACUCUGGGAAACCCCCUCAGCAAGCUCACCACACUCAACAGCAUGCAUUCCCACUUCAUCCUGUCUGAUGAUGGGACUGUGGGCAAGUAUGGAAAUGAGAUGAAGCUCAGGAGGAACCUGGAAAAGUACCUGUCUCUGCAGAAAAUACACAGCCGCUCAAGACAAGGUGUGCCCAUGGUGGGACUGGUGGUGGAAGGAGGUCCCAAUGUCAUCCUCUGGGUGUGGGAGACUGUGAAAGACAAACAUCCAGUGGUGGUGUGUGAAGGCACUGGGAGGGCUGCUGACCUUCUGGCCUUCACCCACAAACACUUAGCAGAUGAAGGGACCCUUAAUCCUCAGGCGAAGAAAGAGAUCAUCUGCAUGAUUCAGAACACUUUCAACUUUAGUUUUAAACAGUCCAAGCACCUUUUUCAAAUUCUAAUGGAGUGUAUGGUACACAGGGAUUUUAUUACCAUAUUUGAAACGGACUCUGAGGAGCUGCAAGACCUUGACUUAGCGAUCCUAACAGCUUUGCUGAAAGGCACAAAUUUAUCAGCAUCUGAACAAUUAAAUCUGGCAAUGGCUUGGGACAGAAUGGACAUUGCCAAAAAACAUAUCCUAAUACAUGGACAACACUGGAAGCCAGGCUCACUGGAACAAGCAAUGUACGAUGCUUUAGUGAUGGAUCGGGUGGAUUUUGUGAAGCUCUUAAUAGAAUACGGAGUGAACCUCCAUCGCUUUCUUACCAUCCGUCGACUGGAAGAGCUCUACAAUACAAAACAAGGGCCUACUAAUAUGAUCUUGCAUCAUCUUAUCCGAGAUGUAAAGCAGCAUACUCUUCUGUCAGGCUACAGAAUAACACUGAUUGACAUUGGAUUGGUAAUAGAAUACCUAAUUGGUGGAGCGUAUCGGAGCAGCUACACGAGAAAAAAUUUCAGAGCCUUCUACAACAGCCUUUACAGAAAACAUAAGAGAGUGACUGGCUUUGCUCAAAGCUUUUCCCAGGCCCCUCUUCACCAGAGAUGUGCGUCAGAAAAUAGAAAAGAGUCUGCAGAAAGCACGUUGCACUCCCAGUUCAUUAGAACUGCCCAGCCUUACAAAUUCAAGGAAAAGUCUACAGUCCUUCAUAAAUCAAGGAAGAAGUCAAAAGAACAAAAUUUAUCAGAUGACCCUGAGUCUACUGGCUUUAUUUACCCUUACAAUGACCUGCUGGUUUGGGCUGUGUUAAUGAAAAGGCAGAAGAUGGCCAUGUUCUUUUGGCAGCACGGAGAGGAGGCGACGGUGAAGGCAGUGAUUGCUUUUAUACUCUACCGAGCCAUGGCCCGUGAAGCUAAGGAGAGCAACAUGGUGGAUGAUGCCUCCGAAGAGUUGAAAAAUUACUCACAACAGUUUGGCCAGCUUGCUCUGGAUGUGCUGGAGAGGGCGUUCAAGCAGAAUGAGAGGAUGGCCAUGAAGCUUCUGACCUAUGAACUCAAGAACUGGAGCAAUUCUACCUGUCUGAAACUGGCUGUGUCUGGGGGAUUGCGGCCCUUUGUUUCUCAUUCUUGUACCCAAAUGCUACUGACGGACAUGUGGAUGGGGCGCCUGAAAAUGAGGAAAAACUCUUGGCUAAAGAUCAUCAUAAGUAUUCUUUUACCACCUACCAUUUUGACAUUGGAAUUUAAAAGCAAAGCGGAGAUGUCGCAUGUUCCCCAAUCCCAGGACUUCCAGUUUACGUGGUAUAAUGGUGACGAGAACCCCAACAGUGUCAAAGAAAAUGCUUGUAUGAAAGACCGCGAUAUGGAAAGGGGCCCUGAUGAGAAACUAGAUGAAAAUCAGCACUUUGUUUUAAAGAGUGGUCCCCAAAGUCUUCCAUUGACCAGGAAAGUCUAUGAGUUCUACAGUGCUCCAAUUGUCAAGUUUUGGUUUUAUACGAUGGCGUAUUUGGCAUUCCUCAUGCUGUUCACUUUUACUGUGUUGGUGGAGAUGCAGCGUAAACCCAGUGUACAAGAGUGGCUCGUUAUCAUUUACAUCUUCACCAACGCCAUUGAGAAAGCCCGGGAGGUCUGUAUUUCAGAACCUGAGAAGUUUACUCAAAAGGUAAAGGUAUGGAUUAGUGAGUAUUGGAACCUCAUGGAGACUGUGGCUACUGGCCUGUUUUUGGUUGGCUUCAGCCUUCGGUGGGGUGACCCUCCUUUCCACACAGCGGGGAGACUUAUAUACUGCAUUGACAUCAUAUUCUGGUUCUCACGACUCCUGGACUUCUUUGCUGUGAAUCAACACGCAGGUCCAUACGUGACCAUGAUUGCAAAAAUGACGGCAAACAUGUUCUACAUUGUGAUCAUAAUGGCCAUAGUCCUGCUGAGCUUUGGAGUGGCACGCAAGGCCAUUCUUUCUCCAAAGGAACCUCCAUCUUGGAGCCUCGCUCGAGAUAUUGUGUUUGAACCAUACUGGAUGAUGUAUGGAGAAGUCUAUGCAUCAGAAAUAGAUGUUUGCUCCAGUAAGCCAUCCUGUCCUCCCGGUUCUUUUCUGACUCCAUUCCUCCAAGCUGUCUACCUCUUCGUGCAAUAUAUCAUCAUGGUGAACCUGUUAAUUGCUUUCUUCAAUAACGUUUAUCUAGACAUGAAGUCCAUUUCAAACAAACUGUGGAAAUACAAUCGCUAUCGCUACAUCAUGACCUACCAUGAGAAGCUUUGGCUGCCCCCACCUUUCAUCCUGCUCAGUCACGUUGGUCUCUUCCUUCGCCGUCUUUGUCAUCGUCGAGCUCCAAAUGACCAAGAAGAGGGUGAUGUUGGAUUAAAACUCUACCUGAGUAAGGAGGAUCUGAAAAAACUUCACGAUUUUGAAGAACAGUGUGUGGAAAAAUACUUUCAUGAGAAGAUGGAAGGUCUAAAUUGUAGUUGUGAGGAACGAAUCCGAGUGACAUCAGAAAGGGUUACAGAGAUGUACUUCCAACUGAAAGAAAUGAAUGAAAAGGUAUCUUUUAUAAAGGACUCCUUACUGUCUUUGGACAGCCAGGUGGGACACCUGCAGGACCUCUCUGCCCUGACAGUGGAUACCCUAAAAGUCCUUUCUGCUGUUGACACCUUACAAGAGGAUGAGGCUCUCCUGGCCAACAGAAAGCAUUCUACUUGCAGAAAACUUCCCCACAGCUGGAGCAAUGUCAUCUGUGCAGAGGUUCUAGGCAGCAUGGACAUCUCUGGGGAGAAGAAAUACCAGUAUUAUAGCAUGCCUCCUUCUUUGCUGCGGAGCCUGGCCAGAGGCCAGCACCCUCCAAGAGUGCAGAGGGGGGCCCUUCUUGACAUUACAGACAGUCAGAGGGAGACUUCAAAUGUAAGAAAUGAACAGGAAGAACAAGAAACAGAAAAGAGUAUAGUGGCUUCUAGGGUAUCCCUUGACAGGCAAGCACAUCCAAAGUAUGGCAAAUUUCUUCUGGUCCCUUCUAAUCUAAAGCAAGUUCCUUUUUCUGCAGAACAUGAUUUGCCUCCAUCCAGACCAUCUGUGGAAGGAGGUACAGGUGUUCUGGCAACUGAACAGGUCAUCCAGAGUGAGGUCCCUGUUCAUCUGACUUGGCAAACUCCAGUGUUCUCCAGUCAGGGCUCAGUGGCUGAACCCAAAGUGCAGUAUGAUACAAUCGCUCAAAUACCAGGCAGGCAUGACAGGGGAGAGCAGGUUCUACGCACUGUGAUGUGCACACGUGCACCCAUGAAAGUGGCCUCCCUCCCUUCCCAAGCUCAGAGCAUGCGAACUGGAGGUGGAUAUGUGAACUGGGCAUUUUCAGAAGGUGAUGAAACUGGUGUGUUUAGUAUCAAGAAAAAAUGGCAAACCUGCUUGGCCUCCACUUGGAACAGUGACUCCAGUCAGCGUGGACAAUGCCAGAGGCAGAUACUGGACGGAUCCCUAUCGGAUAACUCAACAGAAUUGGUCCUGAGUAGUGAUGACUCAGAGGUGGGAUCAGGGCUCCAGCCAAACACGUCCUUUUGGGGCAACCCUCUCCACAGAGACAGGCCCUUCGUUAGGAGUCGUAGCUUGAAAUUCCACAAGGAGGAGAAAUUGAAGAUCUAUAACAUUAAAAAUCUUUCAAGAUCCUCAGAGAGUGGGCAGUCGGCAUGGAUUAAAGCAAAAACGUUAACCAAGGAUAGGAGACUGUCAACGAAAAAGAAGAAAAUACCAGGACUCCAGGUGCCAGUCAUAACAGUCAAUGCCUGCUUUCAAAGUAACCAAUCAAAUUCAGAGCGAGGAGAAAAUAACAUAUUAGAAGAAGAGGAGUACAGGAAGAACUGGCUGACGGUGUCCAAAUUUAGUCAGUUAAGUCUAGAACCUAGUGCUUAUCAGAAAAUGAAAACUAAAGAAAUUGAACGGCAUGCUUUACAAGUCAGUGAUUAUCUAAAGCAGUCUCAAGAGGAUCUGAGUAAAAACGCUUUGUGGAAUUCCCGGAGCACCAGCCUCAAUAGGAACUCCCUGUUGAGAAGUUCAAAUGGAGUUGGCAAAAUCUCAGCCUCCUUAAAAAGCCCUCAAGAGCCUCACCAUCAUUAUUCAGCCAUUGAAAGGAACAAUUUAAUGAGGCUUUCUCAGACUAUACCAUUUACACCAAUCCAACUCUUUGCAGGAGAAGAAGUAACUGUCUACAGGCUGGAGGAGAGUUCCCCAUUGAAUCUUGAUAAAAGCAUGUCUUCUUGGUCCCAGCGUGGGAGAGCUGCAAUAAUCCAGGUGUUGUCCCGAGAGGAGAUGGAUGGUGGCCUCCGCAAAGCCAUGAGAGUCAUCAGUACCUGGUCUGAGGAUGACAUUCUUAAGCCAGGGCAGGUUUUCAUUGUGAAGUCCUUUCUUCCUGAGGUUGUGCAGACAUGGCACAACAUCUUCCAGGAGCAUACUGUGCUUCAUCUUUGCCUUAGGGAAAUUCAACAACAAAGAGCUGCUCAAAAACUGAUCUAUACCUUCAACCAAGUGAAACCACAAACCGUUCCCUAUACACCAAGGUUCCUGGAAGUUUUCUUAAUCUACUGCCAUUCAGCCAACCAAUGGUUGACCAUUGAGAAGUAUAUGACGGGGGAGUUUCGGAAGUACAAUAACAACAAUGGUGAUGAAAUUGCCCCCAGCAACACCUUGGAGGAGCUGAUGCUGGCUUUCUCUCACUGGACCUAUGAGUAUACUCGGGGAGAGCUGUUGGUUUUAGAUUUGCAAGGUGUUGGAGAAAAUUUGACAGAUCCAUCUGUUAUAAAACCUGAAGACAAACAAUCAAGAGGAAUGGUGUUUGGACCAGCCAAUUUAGGGGAAGAUGCAAUUAGAAACUUCAUUGCAAAACAUCGUUGCAACUCCUGCUGCCGGAAGCUCAAACUCCCGGAUUUAAAAAGGAAUGACUAUUCCCCUGGAAGGAUUAAUUCCACCUGUGGACUUGAAAUCAAAAGAGAACCAGGUGAGGGGCCUCCAGCAAGGGACAGGGGUAGUAACCCUCUGGAAGACUUCACACGAUUAUAAAAAGGACGGAAGUAGGAAGAUGACAGCCCUUGCCCUCCCUUCCAUGAGCACUGUGGUAAAACAGAUUGAUUGAUGUAGCACUGAUGACGUCAGAGCUCUGCCAGGAUGGCCAUAUCCUGCGGGCCUCCUUAGGACAUACCUCCUGAGGCUCAUGUCUCCCCUGCCCUAAACACCUCACUGAUAUGUGAUGAACGGCUUCUCCUAGAUGUUGACCUGGGUGCUGGGUGCUUUGUAUGUGUUUGUCAUCCUCAAGUUCCACAGGAAGACACUUGGGGGAGUCAGCUCCUUAAUACCUCAUUGCUUUAGCUGGUCGCUUAGAACCCUUAGAGCAGAAUGCUGGCACUAAAGAAUCAGGGAGAUAAAUUUAUUUUCUUACUAUCUGUGCAGACUCUAACCCCUACUGCUAUUCAUCAUUUCACCCACAAAUUGCAUUUAUAUGUUUUUUAUAUAUAUACACAUAAAAAAGUUACUGGACUUCCUCCUCUCCCCUUUUCAGCAGCGAAGAGCUCUGGGUAACAAUAAUAAGGAAAACAGUGGAAUGAGGAUGCAUUUGCACAGACUGGAGCACACUCCUGCACAAACUAACCAGUAAAAAGUGGGAAUUUCAGGGUUCUCUGAAAGAAAAAGGGAAAACUAAAACAAAUGCCCUUAUAUCUUUUUUUUCUUCUUUUUUUAAAGGGGAGCAAGGAUAUGCAAAAUUAGAAAUUAUUAAGAAAUGGUUUCUCUUCCCUUAAAAGCUCAGGGAUGCUAUCAGUCAGAGAGUUGACUAAGCCAACCUCUAAAACACCACUCCGUUUUCCAAAGCUGUGUAUAAUACUGUUACAGGCUAACUUACCCUCUGUCAGGUCCUAUGGGGAAAGUUAAGUUUCUGUUUCAAAACGUACUUCGAAGAUGUUUGCUUCAUUCAGCGCAGAGUGCCGGUGGCUUACCGAGUGCUAUUGUGUACAUUUUCAGUAUGGCGUGAGAACGGGUAAUCAUUUUGGAGGCCCAAGGGAAGGAUCCCUGAAAGCUGUAACUUACAGCACAUUUUGGGUAUCAGUCUUCCCUCUUUCGCAAUCACUGGGGUUACCCUACCUCAGAACAAGCAUAAGCUUUUCACACAAGGAGGAGAUAGAGGGCUGGGAUCCUCUCUGUUCUCCCCCUCCAUCUCCUUUCCUUUACACAAGAAGAUUCCAAUCUACCUGCAACAAACCUCCUGGGUUUGAAAAAUUUCACCUUCAUCUUUACCCCUUACAUUAACCAACUUGCUUUUUAAAUCAACACUCCUGCAUUCUUAGCUUAUAUUUCCUUCAGUGGAAACGUUGCCCAGGCCUGGGGGGGUGUGAAGUCAAGGAUUUAGUUUGCCAAGGAUCGUGUCUUGUUCUUGUAAGUGUGACUUGCACAAGAUCUAAUUUCUACCGCUUUUAUUUGGGUCUUGGGGGUAGGGGGAGGUGGGAAAUUUGGGUGAUUUCUUGGUUCGCAAUGAGGAUAAAUGUGAAUGCUUUUUUCAGGGCUUAACUGCUUUAUUCUAUUCUGAAAAGCAAUCAGGGAUCUAUUGGUAUUCACUUCAGAGCUAUGUUCACUUAUGGAAAGAGGCAAUUUGCUUGUCCAAGAGCCAAAGUAUUUGUUACCUGGAACAGAACUUGAAAACAAAUACAUUUUGAUUUCAAAUCUC